GAAUAAUGACGAGGACACUGUGCGACUGCUUCUCGGAGUUCCGCCGAUCAAGUUGGCCACGCUCAUGAGAAUCGGCGACCCUGCGGAUAGAACCGCCCUGGGCUGGGCAAUUUCCGAGAAAAGGGAUCCCUCGAUCAUCUUCCAACUGCUGGAGUCCAGUUUCUUCUUUCCGCCCGACCCGGCGCAAGAUCAAGUGCAUCGUUCCCCAGAGAGCGAGAGAGCGCCCAUUGUGGAAUGGCUAUUGGAUGAGUCUCGGGAGCAGGAGAGGCUCGGCCAUCGAGUUCCGGUUCUCUACUGGGCGCUGCUAAACGCACAAAAAAAGCUGUGUGAAGCUGUUAUGGGUCAGAACUCGGGAAGCCCUGCACAAUUAGAAGACCGGUGUGGUGCAACAUGGCUGCAUGUGAUUGCUUUAAGUGGGAAUGUGGACGGACUUCAAUGGAUGAAUGCUCUGAGCUAUGAUUGGAGUGCUCAUCUUUUGAUCAAGGCGAGCCGCGGCUUCACACCAUUGCAUGCUGCAGUGAAAAACGGGCAUGAAGAAAUGGUCCGAAUCCUCCUGGUAAUGAUUGACAGGAAAGAUGCCUCACAGGUAUUAGAUGUGAUCUUGGGGGAAGGGAAGGAUGCUGAAAGUGCGAUUGCGGUCGCCGUCGUGAAUAACGAGCCUGAGAUUGAGGAACAGCUUUGGAACAAAUUGCGAGAAUUAUUCGAAGCCAAAGAACCCUCUACUUCACCUGGCCUCAUGCAGGAUGGGGAAGACGCACACAGAAAAGGUGAAUGGUGCAACACUGCAGAACGCGUGGUUGGAGCCGCAGCCUGGCGGUACACAACCGGAGAAGAGAAGUAUUUGAAUGGUUUCAUGGAUAUUUACUCGGCUGGAAAGGCCAGGGCGAAAGGUAUGGGGCCUCUGGACUUUGUCGUCAACUACCGAUUCCCGACCGCCCUUUGGUGGCUGCUCUCCAGCGGGGAGUAUUUUGGUGAGAUCCUGUUCAGAAAAGGGAAUGAGCUCAAAAACUAUGGAGACGGAGGGGACCCGGCCAACGACCGAGAGAACGGACCUGCUGCUACUGGGAUAAUUAUGAAUCUCCUGACCAACCCUCCUUCGUUGCGUAGACCCAGCAAUGGCAAGCUUUCGCCUGAAUUCGAAUACGAGAGAUCCGUCCCUCAGACCGACAAAACCUACGCCAUAGUGCUUGACGUGACCAUUAAGGCUAAAGCACAAAUUGCGAUCAAGCUCAAACGUGGGGAAAUCAGGGAGAUCUUGUACGGGCGAGGGCCCAAUAGCAUCAUGAUGGACACAGGAUAUCGCGACCUUCAGGCUAUGCAAGAUGAGCUUUUCAAAGGGACGACGGCGCUAUCAAAGAAGUCGGCAGCCGAACAACCGUCAGCACCACCGAGAGAGUCAAAACAUACCACCGGGAAACAGGGCGAGUCUGCAGAUUCAGGCCCGAUGAAACAAAAGCAGAUGCGAUGGGUUCAUAUUCCCACAAACAAUCUGCAAUACGUCAAGGAACUCAUGGUCAGAAUAUCUCGAGAGAAGGAGCAUAGUCAAAGCACGCAUCGUCGCUUGGCGAAGCUAGUGAAACGGAGCUGGGUGGAGAUACCCGCGGGAGGAGAGAAACAUUAUAUGAAACCACAGUGUGGACUUGUGAAGGAGGAGGGCGUGUCGAUGUUUGCUCUCUAUUUUCCCUACAUAUCGUGGGGUGCUGGACCUCCCAAAGCUCAGAAUCACGGGAAGAACGAGCACAACGGCCAGGACCAUACAGAGCCAGGGGUUGACCUCCAUACCGAACAGCAGGACCCCAAGUCGCAGAGUACCUCGGAGCGGCGUCCGAAGGCAACAUCGCAAACCGGUCCGCAGCCUGACGGAAAAUUCAGCUGGCCUGAGUCGAAGCAGGACACGCGGAAAAUAGUCCACGAGGCUCUUACCCUAGAUCAGUAUUAUUACGACUCGAUCUCAAAUACGUACACAAGGGAUCGCGACCAGGCUCUUUCGCGAUUGUUUAAGACUAAAAAGGAAAAGAGAGCCAGGCAGAGCACACAAUCACUCGAGGAGCAAAGGUCCAAACAAAUACCACAUGAGCAGGAACGAAACGAUCAGGACCGGUCGUACGCGUCACAGAAAGACGAAGCAGAAAGCUUUCAGAUCCUCAAGGUCAACCAGCUAUGGCUAUGGAUCCUGCACGACGACACCAUUAUCACCAGCGUAACACAGGAAGUCGAAGAUGGCGAGAAAACCUUCUUGGAACGAGUUCUCGACAAGCUGAAUCAGGCCGAUUUCGACAUUCCCGAGGAAAAGAAAGAGCAAGCCUCCAGCUUGCCGGCAUAUCAGAUCCGAAUUGUGCAAGGGAUAUUGGAUACCGCCCGGGACAUGUUCGAUGCCCGGGACAUUCUGAUCGAUCCGCCCCUUAAGGAAAAAAUCGCGCCUCUGGAAGUGUACCGCAGGGCAAUUCAAACGAUGCGCGAUGAAGAAAUCUUCCUGUUCGCUGGCUUCCGGGACGCCCUCAACCUCAAGGCAAGGAAGGGAGAGUCGCAAGCAAGAAAACCAUUACAGCAGAAUGGAGUAUCCUCUGAAAGGGGCUCAGAACCUCAGAAUUAUUGGGAGAGCGAAUCGACAUCCGAGAAUCCAUACGAGAGGAUCGACGUUGAAACUAACGUCCUUCAUGAGAUCAAGGACAUUCUCGACGAGCUGAACAUUCUCAAAUCCCUGGCGCAUGAUCAAGACAACGUCGUGAGUCAGUUGGGUAAAAUCGGGUCUCAGGCUAAAUCGAAAUUCGCUCUAUCGGAAGCCAGUAACGAUAUCCAAGGCAUGGUGCGAGACGCCACAAGCAUUCAGGCCGACAUCAACACAUUGCUUGAUUUGAAACAGAAGAAGGCGGGCAUCGUUGAGGCCCAGGCCACGCGAAGCCAGAGUGACACGGUCAUGAGCUUCACAGUGGUGACGAUCAUCUUUCUACCGGCUUCAUUCUUGACCAGUCUGUUCGCAUUGGAUAUCUCGGACUUCCCACAUGAGAAUGGCAACCUAGCAUAUCAAGGGCGCUGGAUAUUCCCGAUUAUCUUUGGGGUCUCCUUGGUCGUCUCCGCUUUUUUCGUCGCACUUGCGUACAACGCCAAUUGGCUUAAGAUCCUCAUUCAACGAGGUAUGGAACACAAUAGGCAUGGGGGCUGGUAUGAGACCAUGCGAAAGAGGAGUCAGUCUCUCUUUCACCGCGGUGAGACAAAGGGAGGGAAUCACCAAGAUAACAACGAGAAGCCCCACACAGAACCAGCGACACCAGUAGAGAAGCAGAGUCGCUCUGAAGCCCCUAGAUCUCCGGGCACUCGUGGGUGGACUGUGCACGCUAUACUACCCUUCAUGAAACACACUAAACCAGGGAGCGAUGUGGAGGGCCAACACUAUGCGGAGCGGGCACAGACGCCGAGCUCCCACGAGCAAGGCCCACUCAAGGUAUAACAGAGUCUAGACUACAUUUCCCGGCUCUCUGCUUUUGGCCUUUUUCUUUCUACUGCAUUUGCCUUAUUGUGAAGAUGGAAGACUAUUCGUCGUCUUAUAUAUCACUUGGUCUUUAUAUCUAGCAG